AAACAGAAGUUCUGUUAACAACAGAGUGUCGACAUAAGAAAGGUAAGAAAGCCGGUGUGACCAUCUAAAACCAGAGUCUUUCUAAUACUUUACUGAAAGUAUUUCAACGAUCUCUCCCCAUCGCCGGAAUAUCUAAGUACCGGAAAAUGAGGCCAUCGGCGAAAUCCAUCAACAUCGACGCCGUCGCUCGAAAGAUCGACGUCGAUAACCGAAUACCUCUCCGCAAUUAUUACCGAAUUGCCGAUAAUCUCCUCAAACAGGCUAAUAUUUAUAGAGGAGAGAAGAACAUAAUUGACUUGUAUAUAAUACUUCUUAGAUACUCAAGUUUGGUGUCUGAAACUAUACCGUUCCAUCGAGAUUACCAGGUUUUGUACCCUAAAGAACGAUCUAAUCACAGGAAGAAAUUGUUAGCAUUGAUUGGUGAAUUGGAAUCUUUGAAACCUGAGUUUCAUCGUCAAGUGGAUGAACUCAAAAAGGCCAAUGAUUCUUCUCAAUAUCAAAUUGAAAGCACGGAUGUAACUCCAUAUGCAUCAAUAUCACCUUUGGAGUGGCCGCAUGUCAGUAGUAAAUCUUCUUUGAGCUUCGAGAAAAAGCUGCCAAGCAGUACAACACUUGUGUCUACUUGGAAGCAGAACAAUACUAGCAGUCAAGUUUGGCCAUCAAACUCAAUUGAUGUGCAAUUCCAAAAUUUAUCAGUAAAUUUACCUCGUCCAAAGAAUGAGACGUUAUCUAGACAUUCAUUUCUGGGGCAAACUGGUCUCAAAGGUCAAUGGCAGGGGCCUACUGCGGAGAUGAAGGUUCAUUAUCCAAAGUACACUGAUCUGACUUCUGAUGAGACUUCAAGCUCGAAUCAAACUAUAUUAUACGAUCAUGGAGCAGUGAACGGUCUUGCUUCUACUGUCAAUGGGUCCAAUGCCAUGGAAUCAGUGCUCUCUCUUAAUGAUGGUAGAUGGUCAAUUCCCGGUGAGAAGUUUUUCCCACCAGCUAAUGAUGGAAGGAACAAUCUGCCUGUAGGCAUCAUCAGACAACCUUCUCCACCGCCUGUUCUUGCUCAAGUCCAAACAGAGCACGUUCCAAUUUCUCCUUCAAGAGUUGCUGAUCCAAGACCUGGACCUGUAAAACCAUUCCAGGAAGGAGCAUCUACUACUGCAUCGUACCAGCAUUUGCAUAUUCCAAUUAAGUUGAUGGAAGAUUUUUUGAGGCUGGCACAAAAGAAUACUGCAAAAAAUCUGGAAACUUGUGGUGUGCUUGCUGGUUCACUGAAAAACAGAGUGUUCCAUAUUACUACACUUAUUAUACCAAAGCAGGAAUCGACUUCGGACUCGUGUCAGACAUUAAAUGAAGAAGAGCUUUUUGAGGUUCAAGACAAGUAUUCUCUUUUUCAACUUGGCUGGAUUCAUACUCACCCUUCACAAACCUGUUUUAUGUCGUCAGUUGAUCUGCACACUCAUUACUCAUAUCAGGUCAUGUUACCAGAAGCAAUUGCAAUUGUCAUGGCUCCUACAGAUGAAUCUAGUCCACAUGGCAUAUUUCACCUAUCAGACCCAAGUGGAGUUAAUGUUAUGCGAAAUUGUCAGCAGCGUGGUUUUCAUCCUCAUGAGGAGCCUGAGGAUGGCAGUCCACUUUAUGAGCACUGUUCUCAUGUUUAUAUAAACCAGAAUUUGAGCUGUGAUGUUGUAGAUCUGCGGUGAGCAUUUGUUACUAGGCAACCUUUGUAAACUUUUAGUAUUGGCAAAUUUUGGAUCAGGGUAAAACAUAUAGACACUAGUCAAAAUUGUUUGUCGUUGAAUACUAGAGUAUGUUGUAUAUUCCUUCCAAAGAGGGGUUUUAUGUAUAUGAAAAAUUAGAGAGUAGAGGCACUAAGCUUUUUACAAGUAAAUGCAAGGUUCAUAUUAAAAACA